CAACUUCAGAUGCAAGCAUCUUCGACGUCACAGUGUUCGAACGCCACUCAGAAAUUGCAGGAAUUUGGAACUUCACUUCGCCCACCGAAGACGAUUUUCAAACACCGAUGUAUCCAGGUCUCGAGACGAACGUACCCCGCACCAUGAUGACCUACAAAUACUGUCCAUAUCUAGAAGAUGUCUCCCUAUUUCCAACUCACGAUAAAAUCAAACAGUAUCUCGAGGAUCACUCGACAGACAUUGGCGAUUACAUCAAUUUGAAUUCGGAAACGACAUGAGUUACUAAGGUGACGAAGAAUUACCAGUGGAAAUGGAAAGUGGAGGUUGCCAAUACAGUUAGAGGAACGAGGGCAACAGCGUUAUACUUUGAUUGUGUUGUUGUUGCCACUGGAACUUUCAACACUUUCCACAUGCCGCCGGAGCUGGAUUGGGACUUUUGGGAAGCGGCGUACCCGGGAAGCAUCAUUCAUUCUGGAGAUUUCAGAGAUGCUCAAGAUUUCGAAGACAAGAAAGUAGUGAUAAUUGGCGGCGGUCCCUCAUACUUCGACAUCGCAAAACGCAUCUCACCUUAUGUCAAAGGCGACAUUCUCAUCUCGACCAAGAAACGUUUGCCAAUGCUUAGCAGCCCGAACCAGAGAAAUGUGUCCAGUCCCAUGCAACUUCUACUCGAAGAAAGAGGGGUUGCGUUCGUGAACGACGAAAGGGAGCAUAACAUCGACAUCAUUCUCCUCUGUACAGGUUAUGAGUACGAGUACCCAUUCAUUCCAAAGCUGAAAGUGAGCAAAGACGGGAAGAGCCUUCUCGAUGUGUGGAAGCAGAUGUUCUGGAUCCAGGACCCCACUUUGGCAUUCGUUGGACUUCCAAAGAUGAGUGCUAUAUUCACCGUUGUUGAGGCACAAAGUGCCUACGUUGCAAGAGCGCUGUCCGGUCGUAUAACCAUACCAAGUAAGCCUGGCAUGCAGAAUGAACUCAAGCAGGAAAGAAAGGCAAGCCAACCAGCUGAAGGUGUCGUGGUCAACGGAUUCCAUGAUUUCAACUACCCGAAGGACAAGAAGUAUAUCAAUCAACUGUUCAAGGCAAGCAGUAAGGCGGACAAGGAAGGAAGGGUUGGAAAGCAACCUCCUAGGUUUGAUGCAGGCUGGUAAAGCAGUCAGCUAGCUGAUCAGUCGACUGAUAAGUGAUCAGUUAAAGCCAAUCAGUUAGCGAUUUUAAAU